AUGGAUCCGAUCAACGAGCCCCUUCUCUCUUCUCCGUCACAAAGAAACUGCUCCCCUAGCAAAGUUCGCUUGGGCACACCGACCUUCCUAGCCACUCUGCUUUGCUUUUGCUUCGCCGCCUUCCUACUCCUCAAUCCUGCCAGGGUGCACCUCUGCACAAACUCCCCGGACCCGGCCUCGUGCCACGCCAUCGUCGCUGACGCCGUCCUGACGUCUCCGGGCGCUCACCCGAGCCGGCCGGCGCGAGUGCUUCGCGCAAUACUCGCCAGGUCCCUCCACCAGCAUGACGCGGCCGCCGCUGCGGUGGCCGGCAUGCACGGGCGCGCCAGCGACCCGAGGCAGCGCGCGGCGCUCGCCGACUGUGUCCAGCUGAUGGAGCUCGCGCGCGACCGUCUCGCCGACGCGGCGGACCACACCACGGCGACGCCCGAGGACGCGCGUACGUGGCUCAGCGCGAUGCUCACCGACCACGUGACGUGCCUGGACGGCCUCAACAACGGGCCACCGCGCGACGCCGUGGGGGCGCAGCUGGAGCCACUCAUGUCCCUCGCGAGCGCGUCGCUCGCCGUGCUCAACGCCGUCGGCUCUUGCACGGCCGCCGACGACAUCGCUCGGGACGUGCUCGCCGAGGCAGCAGCAGACGAGCUUCCAUCGUGGGUGCCGAGUGCAGACCGUGCGCUCCUAGAAGGAUCCGGCGCCGUUCAGGCGGACGUGGUGGUGGCCAAGGACGGGAGUGGCAAGUACAAUACGGUGCAGGCGGCGGUGGACGCGGCCCCGGACCGCGGCAAGCGCCGGUACGUCAUCUACGUGAAGAAGGGGGUGUACAAGGAGAACCUGGCGGUGUGGAAGAAGAAGCGCGAGCUGAUGAUCGUCGGGGACGGCAUGGACGCGACGGUGAUCACCGGCAGCCGCAACGUGGUCGACGGCGCCACCACUUUCAACUCGGCCACUCUAGCCGUGGCGGCCGACGGGGUCAUCCUACAGGACCUCAGGAUCGAGAACACGGCGGGGCCCGAGAAGCACCAGGCGGUGGCCCUGCGCGUGAGCGCCGACCGCGCCGUCAUCAACCGCUGCCGCGUCGACGGCUACCAGGACACCCUCUACGCGCACCAGCUGCGGCAGUUCUACCGCGACUGCUUCGUCUCCGGCACCGUCGACUUCGUCUUCGGCAACGCGGCGGCCGUGCUCCAGAACUGCGUGAUCACCACGCGCCGGCCCGCGCGCGGCCAGAAGAACGCGGUCACCGCGCAGGGCAGGACGGACCCGAACCAGAACACGGGCACGUCCCUGCAUCGGUGCCGCGUCGUGCCGGCGGACGACCUGGCGCCCGUGGCCGAGGCGUUCCCGACGUUCCUCGGCCGGCCGUGGAAGGUGUACUCGCGCACGGUGUACAUGCAGCGUACCUGGGCGCGCACAUCCACCCGAGGGGGUGGCUGGAGUGGAACGGGGACUUCGCGCUCAACAGGCUCUUCUACGGGGAGUACGCGAACGAGGGGCCCGGGGCCGGCACGGCCGGGCGCGUCAAGUGGCCGGGGUACCGCGUCAUCACGGACCAGAGCGUGGCCGUGCAGUUCACCGUGGGGCAGUUCAUCCAGGGCGGCUACUGGCUCAAGGGCACGGGUGUGGCGUACGACGAUGGGCUCUGAUCCGUGGUUACUGGCCCUUCGUUUGAUGUUUGUUUACUCUUCAUCAAAUCUUUAA